AUGACAUCAUUCGGAGGAGAUAGUGAGUCGCUUCAAUUAACGCUGUGGGAGCCAUUACGCUUUCGUAGUGAGGUUGAGGAGCAAACGUGUAAUGAGCAAACGCGUAAUGAUGAGGAAAACCAGCCGCCAAUGCAACCGCUGAGUAUGUAUUUUAGUCCAAAUCAGUACAACAAGGCAAUAAAGUUAGGUACUCGGUGUUGGAUCCACAAAGCAGUGGAGAAUCUGGAGUCAUCGUCACUGGGACUGAGACCCGAGGAGCUAAGAUGGUUUAACGAGAGUAUCCUCAAUUCAAGCAAUUCUGGCAAAUGCACAAGGCCAUCAAGCGUGUUAGGUGGUAAGGCUAAGAUUGGGAAAGGAGCUCCCUCGGUAGACCCUUUAUUCUUGAGGAUGGUAGAAGAUCUCGAUGCGUGUAGAACAUUUUCUUGGGGGAGGUAUUCAUUUGAUGCGAAUCUAAAGGAAAUUGAACAUACAUUGAGACACUUCAAUGGGGUCGUCGAAACCGAUUCUUGGACAUUUCGUGGCUUUGUUACUCCCUUGGAGUUGCUACCUUUUGAAGCAAUACCUUGUUUGAAGGACUCAUACAGAGAAGAAGCUAAAGGAGCAGACAUAGAGUGUCCUCGGAUGUGUAAGACAAAGUUCAGACCAUUCACUCUCAAAGGAUUUCCUCUGUCGGACCUCUACGAAACACUCGGUAAUACCAAAGAUAUCCAGAGUAUCUUGGAACCAUCUGCUGAUGAGGAAGAUAUGUUAGCUGGUAUCAUGGAAAGGUAUGAAUACCCAGAUAACAGUAAUACAAUUCCUAAUACUUGGACGAGUCGUAUAAUUGAUGAUGGGAAGCCGAUAUUCUGGAAGGAUAUGAGCUUGGACGAUGAAAAAAACAGAGUUGAACCAGCAAAGAAUGCCUCCUCUAAAUCUCCAGCGCCGAGUGGGAUUGUGGACCAGAUUCAAGGGUUGAAGAAAAAGGCAAUUCGAAGUGAAUGUCUUGGAGAAGAGAAGGAAGGAGAAGAACAAGGUGAUGAAGGAAAAGAACAAGGUGAUGAAGGAGAAGAGGGAGAAGAAGGAAAAAAAGGAGAAGAAGAGAGUGAAGAAAAAGUUGAAGAGAAUGAAAAAGUGGGAGGUGAGGUGGCAAAGAAGGAAAAGAAGAAGACGAAGACGAAGGCAGCGGAUGUCAGAAAGUAUUUGACCAGACAACGGACUGGAAUUCAAGAACAAUCUGGUGGUUCAGUCGAGGAAGGGGAGGUGCAGCAUGAGAAGAAGAAGAAGAAGAGUAGGAAUUAA